CCCGCCCCCGCCCCCUGCCUUUUUGUCCUCGCCCCCCAUAUCUAGCCGCCCGCCUGCCUGACCCCCCUUGCGGCGUCCCUCCGGUACACAGGCGCGCCAGCGGCAGGCUCAUCCUUCCCAGCUGCAGACGAUACCAUUGCUUGAUAAAAGCCCACGUUCGUCGGGUCCUCGCCACGCGCUGCCUCUGAACGCCGGCCAUGUCAAGCGGCGCCGGCAGCACCACCCCCCCACUGGGCGCGACCCCCGGCGCAUCGAUCGAAGAAGAGUGGUCCUUUGUGCUGAUCAUUUCCGCCGGAGGCAUUCGCUUCCAGCCGGUCCCCUUGCGCCCGACAUCCGAGGCACCUGAAUGGCCGCCCCGGGUGGGCGCGGCUGCCUCCUCGGACGCCUCGACCCCAACCUCGGCGGCGCCCCAGCACACUUCCUCGACCGGGGCCCUGCUCGACCGGAGCCCCGCCGUGCUGGGUCUCCUCCAGCAAGUAGCCCGUGCGGAGGCCCCCCCGAUCGAAGCGCCGAUGCGCCUUCUGAUCCUCCUGGCUGCGGCCCCGGGAUUUGCCGAGCGUCUGGAGGCCCUUGGCCUGCCGGCCUCCUCGAUCCCCUCGCUCAGUGGGACCCCGGCUGCUGGUGGCGAUUCGCUGGUUCGCACGGAGGACGGCCUGUUUUUCGCCCUGCGAGCCGAGGAAACCAGCCUCCUGUCCCAGCUGGUCGACAUCCCCGGAGCCACCAUGCUUCCAGCGCAUGCCUGGCCUGGCGCCAUGCUGUUCCUGUCUACCCAGAAGGCUGGCAGCGAGACAUGGUCCGCCCCUGAGCUGCCGGUCGCCCAGGUGGACUAUGUCCAUGCGUACCCGACCGAAGUGGAGUGCGCGCCGGCUGCUGGACAGGCAGCGCGCAUGCCGGACUCGGCCGCCUCGUCGGGUGGCAUUUUCUCCAUGUUGGCCGACCUCGAGGCCGAUCUUUCAAGCUGAAUCCCCCCCCCCUUCCCGUGCUCCGUGUAUGUCGGGACACCUCCCCGCCCCCCUCCCCCUCCCCCUCC